AUGCCAAGAGGUAAAAAAACAAAAGCAAUAGAAAAGGAAAGUAUCAAAGAUAAAGAAGAACAAAAUGAAGAAAAUGAAGAAAAUAAAAAUAUAGAUAAAGAAGAAAAUGAAGAAAAUGAAGAAAAUGAAAAUAUAAAUAAAGAAGAAAAUAAAGAAAAUGAAGAAAAUGAAGAAAAUGUAAAAAAAGAAGAAAAAGACAUUAAAGAGUUCGAUAGAGAAAUCGAAGAACUUGAACCUAAAGAUAAGGAUGAACAAAAUACUGACAGUACCAAAGAUAAUGAAAAAAAACCAAAAAAAGUUAGAAAAUCAAUCAAACCUAAAGUUAGAAAACCAAGGAAAUCAAUUGAAGACUCAUUCAAAGAAAUUGAACCUAGCGAAGCUGCAAACUAUACAUUAUGUGAUUUAAUUAAAACUAGAAUUAUUGGUGAUACUAUGAAAUCAACUUUGGAAAGAGAAAAAGCUUUAAAACAAAAUCAAAAUUCACUUUUAAGACAUCAACGUAGCCAACAACAAAACCAAAUACCACAACCUAUGAUGGAAAAUGAUAACUCUGCUGCAGUAGAAUUUGUAAAUGGUGUACUUACUGUUAAAUCACAAUCAACCGAGCUUGAUCCAACCAUUGAAGAUGCACCUGUCCUUUAUGAAAGCACUGACCAUAUUACCAACUUUUCGUUUUCAAAAAGAACACCAUCUAGAAGAUGGAGCGAAGCUGAAACAAGAGAGUUUAUAAUUGCAUUAAAAAAAUAUGGUACAGAUUUUUCAGUUUUAGAGAAUGUUUUUCCGCAUAGAGAUAGAAGACAAUUAAAAGCAAAAUUUAAAAGAGAACAAAAUGAAAAUCCAAAUAUCCUAGAUGAUAUUAUUAAAGGAAAAAUCAAUUAUGAUAUGGAUGACUAUAGAAAACAAAGGGAGGAAGUUAGUAAACAAAAGAAAGAAAGAGAAGAAAAAAUGAACUUAAAGAAUGAUCUAAUGAAAUUAGCAUCUGAGAAUGCCGAUCCUGAUGCAUCAGAUAACGAAAAUGAUUUAGACCCCGAUCUUAGAAGAGCGAGUGGUAGCUAUGGUUCAGGUACAUUAGGUUCAGGAAAAUCAAAAUCGAGCAUUGGUCGUUACCAGGAGGAAGUCGUUAUGGAUACCCAACAGUACGAACAACAACAACAACAACAACAAACCCAUGCAUAUGACCCUUAUUCAAUGGAUAAUGAUUAUUAUGGUACAAAUGACUAUGAUUUUUAA